GUCAACAAUCUGCAAACCAAGAUCCGUGAAGAAAAUGAGAUGGUCGAGAAGCGCACCCAAGAGACCCUGUCUGAAUGGGAGAGAGCCAAACCUGUAGAAGGAGCCCAGAGACCAAAUGAAGCACUUGCUGCACUCACUACCUUCGAGCAGAAAAUGGCCAAACUAUCCGAAGAUCGCGAAAAGAUGCGCAGAGCUCGCCAUGCUCUCGAUAUGGCUGAUCCCACUGGUGUACCUGUCGAUGCUGAUAAACUUGCCGUUGCUGCAGAAGAACUGGCGGAUCUGAAAGGUGUCUGGCAGGCUUUGACACCAAUUUACACAUCUGUUGAUGAGAUGAAGGAGAAGACAUGGUUGUCGGUACAACCGCGAAAGUUGCGACAAUCGCUGGAUGAGUUGAUGAAUCAACUGAAGCAUCUACCGGUGAAGUACAAGAGCUACAAGAGUUAUGAAUAUGCGAAACAGAUGAUGCAUAAUUACUCGAAGAUGAACAUGCUUGUGAUGGAACUGAAAUCCGAAGCGCUAAAAGAGCGCCAUUGGCGUCAGAUGAUGAAGGAAUUGCGAGUCUGGGAUGCUGACCUUCAACGACAUGAGCACGCUAUCAAGCAAAUUCUUCUAGUUGCCCAAGGAGAGCUGGCGUUAGAAGAGUUCUUGAAACAGAUGAAAGAUUUCUGGCAAGCCUACGAAGUGGAACUUGUCAACUAUCAAAAUAAGACUAGAUUGAUCAAAGGAUGGGAUGAACUGUUCAAUAAACUCAAAGAACAUCAAAAUUCGUUAGCAGCUAUGAAACUAUCGCCUUACUACAAGCAGUUCGAAGAGAAUGCCUUGUCAUGGGAAGAGAAGUUGAACCGUAUUAGUGCAAUGUUCGAUGUAUGGAUUGAUGUACAACGACGUUGGGUGUAUUUGGAAGGACUUUUCUCUGGAUCUGCUGACAUUGCGACUUUCAUCUCUACCGAAUUUCUGGCCCUCAUGAAGAAAGUCACCCAAUCACCACGUAUCCUGGACGUAGUAGGAAUGCAAGGAGCACAAAGGCUCUUGGACAGACUUGCGGACAUGCUGUCAAAGAUCCAAAAGGCCCUUGGAGAGUAUCUAGAAAGGGAGAGGGCAUCAUUCCCGAGGUUCUACUUCGUGGGAGAUGAAGAUUUGCUUGAGAUUAUGGGUAACAGCAAGGAUGUUGCAAGGCUACAGAAACAUUUAAAGAAAAUGUUUGCUGGAGUGACUGCUAUAGAUGUUGGAGAAGAAGAUCGCAUAAUUACCGCUCUUCAUAGUCGAGAAGGUGAACGUGUAGACCUUGUACAGCCAAUGGAUAUCGAUACAGUAACACCGGACGAGUACAUGGAAUGGUUGGAUAAGUUCCCGGCGCAAGUAAUUGCUCUUACGGCUGAGAUAUGGUGGAGUAAUCAAAUGGAAAUGGCGCUGUCCGAUGGCAAAGGUGUAGAUGGAGUUGAAAAAGCUGUUUCUGCCACGCUGUCCUUAUUGGCUGACUCGGUCUUGAAAGACCAACCACCAAUUAGAAGAAAGAAAAUUGAAGCUUUGAUCACAGAGUUUGUACACAAACGUGAUACCUGCCGUAAGCUAAUAUCGUCCGACGUAAAGAGCCCGUCAGACUUUGGAUGGCUUCAAUGUAUGAGAUUCUACUUCGAUCCGAAACAGGUAAGGUUAUUUUCUGUGGCUUGUCGACGGUUACGGUUGGGAGGUUCGCCAUUCGGUCCUGCUGGUACGGGUAAAACUGAGUCAGUGAAAGCCCUGGGUAACCAGCUGGGAAGAUUUGUACUGGUCUUCAACUGUGACGAAACCUUUGAUUUCCAGGCCAUGGGUCGUAUCUUGGUAGGCUUGUGCCAAGUCGGUGCUUGGGGUUGCUUCGAUGAGUUCAACCGUCUGGAGGAACGCAUGUUGUCAGCUGUUUCGCAGCAGAUUCAGACGAUUCAGGAAGCCGUACGAGCAGGUGGUGAAAUGACGGUGGAUCUCGUUGGAAAGCGCUUGAAUGUGAAUCCUAACAUUGGUAUCUUCAUUACCAUGAAUCCUGGCUACUCUGGAAGAUCUAACCUACCUGAUAACUUGAAGCAGCUGUUCCGAAGUUUGGCUAUGACACAACCUGACAGACAGCUGAUCGCGCAAGUUAUGCUAUUCUCACAAGGUUUCCGAACUGCUGAGACACUCGCCAAUAAGAUUGUGCCUCUUUUCAUCCUGUGCAAGGAACAGCUGUCGGCACAAUGUCACUACGAUUUCGGUUUGCGUGCCCUAAAAUACGUGUUGGUUUCGGCUGGUAAUGUAAAACGUGAUAAGCUAGCGAAAGUUGGAGCUGCUGCAUUGGAAGAUGUUGCUGAACAGCAGGUAAGGAGAGGAGAGGCUGGUUCCCAUUUGGGUUUGGUAUUUUGUCAGGUAUGGGUUAGGAGAGAAUCAAGGCCCGGCACAGAUCGUACGGGGGCAGACUUUAUUACAUUUUUGGGGUGAAA